AUGGCGGAUAUUCACCAUCUUGUUGAGGAUCAAAAAGAUUUAUUUUCGAACUUACAGCGUACUGCUAGGUUAUAUAAUUCGAGACAGAAUAAAACUCAUGGUUUAGCACAAUCUGUUUUAGAUGAAAUAGAAUCGAACUUUUUGCAAUUUAAAGACGGGAAUACACAAUUAUGCGCCGUAGUCCGUGAUAAUACUAUUAAUACAGAAAAUAUUCCGUACUUCAAAGAUGAUGUUUAUUAUAAAUUUCAAGACGAAUUUUUUACCCUUAAAAGCCAAUUGCUUGAUUUCAUGGAAUCUUCUGGUUCUCAUUCUCGUUCUCCUGGAAUUCAGUCCAGUACGUUUGCUGGUCCCUCUCAUUCUAGAAAUGAAACAUUUGCUCUUCAGGCUCGUUUACCGAAAAUUGAUUUACCAGUUUUUAGUGGUGAUUAUCUAACUUGGAUGUCUUAUCAGGACAUGUUCGUUUCGUUAGUGCAUAAUAAUUCUGGCCUAACUGAUGUUCAAAAAUUUUGUUUUUUAAAAAAUUCUUGUAAAGGAACUCCUUUGGACAUCGUGAACGAAUAUCCAGCAACGGAUUCAAGCUACAAUUUAGCAUGGACCGCUCUACAGAAUAGAUAUCACAAUAAAAGAAAAAUAGUUGAUACUAUUUUUAAAAAAUUAUUUUCAAUAUCUGCUUCGGAUGGCUCUUCGAAAAGUAUUCAGACGAUUUUAGAUACAACCCGAACUAGUAUUGCCCUACUGCGUACUUUAGAAGUAAACACCGAAGGCGAACAUGCUAUGCUUAUUUAUAUGACUGUUAAUAAGCUAGAUAUUCAGACACGUAAGGAAUGGGAGCAAUCGCUUAAUGCCUCAACUCAAAUCCCUCCAAUUGAAGAUUUGUUUAAAUUUUUGGAAGCAACCUUUCGAACAUUAGAAACUAUUUCUGAUCAGACUGAAUCAAAUCCUAAUGCAUCUUUUUCGAAACCCAAAAAUCCACAACAACAAAAUAAAGGUAAAAACAAUUUUCGACGUUAUGUAAAUGCUGUUUCUACAAAUACCGACUCCAACUGCCCCUGCUGCAAUAAGCGUCACCUUUUGUUUAAAUGUUUUAAGUUUGCUGCUUUAGCUUCUACUGAAAAAAGAGAUUUUUUGAAUUCAAAGCGAAUAUGUCGGAAUUGCUUAGCCCCAGGCCACUUUAGUAACAAAUGCCACGUAGACUCUCGUUGUCAAGUCUGUCAACAAAACCACCAUACCACUGUUCAUAAUGAGUAUUUCAUAAACCGUGCUUCUGAAACUCCACCUUCUGAACCUGCUACACCUUCUCAUACACCCUCGUCUUCUCAAGUGAUUGAAAACGUUACCGCUCAUGUCGUUGACAAUAGUGAAACAUUUAGUAGGAGAAAAAGGCCCCAAGUUCUUCUAGCUACGAUGCGUGUAGUACUGAAAACCGCUCAAGGUGAUUUUGUUUUGCGUGCUCUUCUUGAUCAAUGUGCUCAGGCUACAUUUAUCACUAAAAAGGCUGCUGAUGCCUUAAACUUAUCUUACAGAAGAAACUUUGUUGAAAUCUGCGGAGUUGGUGGAAGUCAACCCACGAUUUCAAAGAAUUAUGUUAAUUUUUCUAUUUUCUCAAGAAUUGAAACCAAUUUUAAAAUCGAUUGUGAGGCUUUGGUUUUAUCGAAAAUAACGGCAUAUCAACCUAUGGCUAUAAACGAAAAAUUAUUACCUGAUUUGAAGAAAUUUUCUUUAGCUGAUCCUUCUUUUUCGAAACCUGGUGAAGUUGACCUUUUACUCGGAGGUGAUGUAUACGGAGAUAUCGUAUUACCUCAGCAACAUAAAUUUAACGAUGGUUUGUUCUUGCAAUUUACACAUUUUGGGUGGAUAGUUUCUGGCCCUUCCCCUGAUAACUCAUAUCAGCACACUAUCACAGUAAAUGUUUGUUCACUAGAUAAACAAUUGCAGUCCUUUUGGGAACAGGAAGAAUUGUUGGAGAAAAAGGUUUUAACGGAAGAAGAAAUCCUCUGUGAACAACAUUUCAAAAAUACUACGUCCCGUAAUUCUUCUGGACGUUAUACCGUAUCACUACCAUUUAAAUCACUGCUUAAGGGCCUCCCACUUCCAGUCUUUGCACAUACAGACUAUGCAGCACUUUCUCGUUUGAAGAAUGUUGAAACGAAAUGUAAAUUAAAUAAGAACUUUGGAAAACUUUAUACAGAGUUUAUGGAAGAGUACGAACGUCUUGGACAUAUGGAAAAAGUCGGAAUUUAUCCACGUGAUUUGAAUAGAAAUGGGUUCUUUUUGCCUCAUCAUGGUGUGUUAAGAGAAAGUAGUUCUACUACUAAAUUAAGGGUUGUUUUCGAUGGUAGCUGUAAGAGGUCUGCUCAAUCUUCGUUGAAUGAGGAACUAGUAGCUGGUCCUGCAUUACAAAAUGAUUUACCAACAAUUAUAAAUCGGUGGAGACGAUUUAAAAUUGGAUUUCGGGCAGAUUUGGAAAAAAUGUUUCGACAAAUACUUGUGGUACAGGAACAACAAAGGUUUCAACAAAUUUUGUGGAGAAAUAGUGGCUCUGAAGAGAUAUCAAUUUACAAGCUCUCAACGGUUACUUAUGGUACAACACCCGCUCCAUUUCUUUCGAUAAGGGUUUUACAACAAUUAGCGUUGGAUGAAAAGGAAAAAUACCCAUUGGCCUGUAGCGUGCUCAAUUCAGAUACUUAUGUCGAUGACGUAAUUUCUGGAGCUGAUAGUCUAUCAGAAGCUUACCAUUUGCAUACUCAAUUAUGCAGUCUGCUUAAUGAAGGCAAGUUUAAUUUGCGCAAAUGGACAACAAACUCAAAAGAAUUGCUAGAAUUGAUUCCUGUGGACUACAGAGAAAAAUCAGAUAUAUUUGAACUAAAUCAACCUAAUACGGUGAAAGCUCUUGGACUUGAAUGGAACACGGUAGACGACUGCUUUUCAUUUAAAAUUAAUUUCGAAAAUACAUCGGUAGUUACGAAAAGAAGUUUGCUCUCAGAUGCAGCAAAACUUUAUGAUCCUCUAGGCUGGCUUGCCCCUACUACAAUUCUUGCAAAAAUUGAAUUUCAAAAUUUGUGGUUGCUUGGCAUUGAAUGGAAUGAUCGCUUGCCUGAAGCUUUGGAGAAAAAAUGGUUAAUAUAUCGUAAAAACUUAAAAUUUCUUGAACAAAUUAAAAUUCCUCGUUGGAUCGGAACAUAUAGAGGGGCUACGGUUGAAAUUCACGGCUUUUCCGAUUCAUCUAAGUUGGCAUACGCGGCUGCUGUUUAUGCUAAGACAAUUUCUGAUUCUGGUACAAAAGUGUAUUUAAUCCAAGCGAAAACUAAAGUGGGUCCUAUAAAGCGAUUAACUAUACCUCGAAUGGAAUUAUGUGGUGCAACUUUAUUGGCUAAAUUAGUAGAUCGAAUAACCUCUUCGCUUGAUCAAGAAAUUUCAAAUGUUUUUUAUUGGACUGAUAGCACAACAGUACUUUCUUGGAUUCGCGGUCAAUCGUCUAGGUGGCCCGUAUAUGUUGGAAACAGAGUUGCAGAAAUCCAACGCAGAUCUCAUACUUCUCAAUGGCGAUACAUAUCUACACGUGAAAAUCCUGCUGACUGCGCUUCUCGUGGCAUAUCGUCGAAUGAAUUGGUUGAACAUGAACUAUGGUGGCAUGGCCCUAAAUGGCUAACUGAACCUUCAGAAAAUUGGCCAAAACAACCUAAACUAAAUCUGAAUGAAACCGAUGAUAUUUCUACUGACCCAACUUUAAAUAUGCAUUCGAUUGUAGCAGACGUAAAACAAUAUCCAGAAUUAUUAACAAGAUUUUCUUCCCUUUGCAAAUUAAUACGCGUUACUGCAUACAUUUUUCGUUUUAAAAACAAUACUCAAUACAAUAAAAAAUCACAAAUUAAUGGUAACGGUAAGAUGACAGGGUUUCUCUCAACCGAAGAGCUAAAAUUUGCUCGUUUAAGACUUGUUAAACUUUCGCAAGAAGUGGAUUUUCCACAAGAAAUUUCUGAACUUCAAAAGAAAGGUCAAAUUAUAAAAAACAGCGCUUUAGCACAACUGUGCCCAUUUUUUGAUUCUUCUCAAAUACUUAGAGUUGGUGGUAGAAUUCAAAACUCUGACCUUGAUUAUUGUUCCAAACACCCAAUUUUACUUAAGAAGCAAAAUCCUUUGACUAAUCUCUUAUUUCUAGAUGCCCACAUCAAAACGUUGCAUGGCGGUUUGAUCCAAAUGCAAGCUUAUGUCGUACGAGAAUAUUGGAUAAUAUCAAGUAGAAGUGUAGCUAAACGCAUCUUGAGAAAAUGUAUAACAUGUUUCAAAUAUAACUCAAAAGCAGCACAGCAGAUGAUGGGAAACCUACCUAGUGUUCGUCUUAAGCCUGCGCGCCCGUUUAAGCACAGUGGUGUCGAUUAUGCGGGCCCGAUAGUUAUAAAACAAUCUACUGCAAGAAACUCGGUAACUACAAAGGGCUACAUUUGUUUGUUCAUAUGCAUGGCUACAAAAGCGCUACAUUUGGAAGCAGUUACUAACUUGUCAACCGAUGCAUUUUUGGCAGCUUUUAGGCGUUUCGUGUCCCGUCGUGGUCCUUGUACUGACAUGUAUUCAGACUGUGGCACAAACUUUGUUGGAGCUAAUAAGGAGCUACAAAUUCUUUACAAUCGCAGCAAAUCAUCGAUCCCAGAUGAAAUAAGCGACCGUCUUGCCAAAAAUGGUACAAAAUGGCAUUUUAUACCUCCAGCCUCUCCAAACUUUGGUGGUCUUUGGGAGGCCGGCGUGAAGUCUACGAAACACCAUUUAAAGAGAGUGAUGCAAAAUCGUAUUUUAACAUUUGAGGAGCUUACCACGCUUUUAGCUCAGAUUGAGAGCUGUUUAAAUUCCAGACCCUUGUGCCCUCUAAACUCAGAACCAUCUGACUGUAAUGCGCUCACUCCAGCUCAUUUCCUGAUUGGAGAACCUACUCUUUGCGUACCUGAAGAAGAUUUAUUGGAUGUCAACAUUGACCGAUUAAAUAGAUGGAAAACCGUUGAAAAGCUGAAGCAGAAUUUUUGGCGACGUUGGUCUAACGAAUGGUUGUGUCGACUUCAAGCUAGGCCCAAGUGGCUCAAAAUAACACAAAACCCUAAAAUUGGUGAUUUAGUGGUCGUAUUUGAUGAAAGAGGUGCUCCUGGAGAAUGGCCGCUUGCUCGUAUCCAAGACAUCCAUCCCGGCAAGGACGGUUGUGUAAGGGUGGUGACUCUAUUUUCAAACAGAAAAAUGUUUAAACGGCCAAUUUCUAAAAUCGCCCUUUUGCCCUCAAAUGAUUGUUUUGAUGCCUUAGAGAACGGUUACAAUCCUAAAAAUAUUGCUGAUGAUGAUUCUUCCUCGGUUUAA